GCACUAGUGGCGUGGCGCGCCGCGACAGUGUGUCACUGACUAGCGGUGGUCUCGCCUCUCCCCUCCCCUCCCCCCUUCCGCACUCCCGGCGCCGUUUACCAGGGGGGGCCAGGGCCCGACCGACCCACGCCGCGGCGGGAUCCCUACUAGAUGCGGCCGGGGGCGGCGCCGCGAGCCGUGAGCUAGCGCGGUUCCUGCCGCGGCGAUGAUGGGUUUCCACGCCGCCGCCGCUGCCGCGGUGGCCGUGUUUGCGGCGGCGGUGCUGCUGGCGGUCGCGGCCGGUGACUCGCUCGCCGACCUCGGCGGCGCGGCCAGGGAGAUCGAAAGCGCGCCAGAGGUGAAGAACUUGGGACCAUGGGCAAAGGGGCUGCUGAAAGGUAUGCCGGAGAUGGCGGCAGGACCGGCAGCUAUGGCCCCUGUUGUGAAGUAUCCGCUGGUUCUGGCAGAGGACCGGACGCGGCGGCCGGAUGUUCUCAGCCAUCUCAAAAUGUACGAUGGAGGGUGGAACGUCACCAACAAGCACUACUGGGCGUCUGUUUCAUUCACAGGAGUUUCUGGAUUUCUUCUUGGUGCCUUGUGGUUCAUAUUUUUCGGGAUAGCUGCAGCUGGACGAUGCUAUUUUGGAUCGAGAAUGUCCAAACGGAAGGUUUCAUAUGCUGACGUAGUAGGUCCCGUGUUACUUGGGGUCUUUGCAGUUACUUUAAUAGCUGGGUGCAUUGUCCUUCUUUAUGGGCAGAGUAAAUUCCAUGAAGAAGCUACACGGACCGUCGAUUUUGUUGUGAACCAAUCUGAUUUCACUAUUCAGACACUAAGGAAUGUUACGGAAUACUUGUCGUUUGCACAGACGAUUACUGUGGCAGCACUCUAUCUUCCAUCAGAUGUUCAAGGUCAAAUUGACAAUUUGAAGGGGGACCUGAACAAAGCAGCUGACACCAUAUCUCUGAAGACAGCAGAAAAUUACAAAAGGAUAAGAAAAGUUCUCCAUAUCAUGUCGGUUGUAUUGAUUUGCAUAGCCGUGGUGUUGCUUAUUCUUGCGUUCCUUGGAUACGGCUUAGAGCAAUAUGGACCAAGAUAUACAGUCUACAUAUUUGUCACCUUAUGCUGGAAAGUUGUGGCGGCUCUCUUUAUUCUUCUAGGAAUUUUCCUGAUACUAAACAGUGCUGCGAAGGAUACCUGCGAAGCAAUGGACCAAUGGGCCCAGCAUCCUCAAGCAGAGACAGCUCUGAGUAACAUCCUUCCAUGUGUGGAUGAAAGCACAACGAAUCGAACAUUGUAUCAGAGCAAAGAGGUUGUGGUGAGGCUUGUUGGGAUAGUUAACAGAGCUAUAUCUGCUCUUUCAAAUCGAAGACCACAUCAUAAGCAUCCAGGACAGUUCAUGCCUUACUUAUGUUCUCCCUACGAUUCAAACCUCAAUGAUCGGCCGUGCAAUCAUAGGGAGGUCACAUUUGAAAACGCAACAACAGCAUGGCUGAAUUAUACAUGCAUGGCUCAAGACACCGACUUGUGUUCAGGCAACAAGACCUUAACCUACGACAUCUACGGCCAACUCGUCCUGGCUGCCAAUGUAAGCUACGCGCUGUACCAUUACGCCCCCUUCCUGCUCAACCUCCAGGACUGCAAGUUUGUCCGAGCCACCUUCAGCGCCAUUGCCUCUCAGUACUGCCCGCCUCUGGAGCAUGACCUUGGGUUAGUCUCUGCGGGCCUGGCGCUCAUUGCCUCGGGCUUUGUUCUCUACCUCAUCUGGAUGCUCUUCGCGGACCGCCCCCAAAGAAGGGAGGAGGUGUCCGAUCUGGCGUCAGGGUCGAGGAUCACACCAGUAGACAGCUGCUCUCCGUCGUAGCAACGGGAUGAUGAGGCUGCUUAAUCCCUCCCGUGGUAACAAGAAUUUAGUACAGUUCCAUGGCUAUGUAAAAUAGUUUCAGUAUAGAGUUCCAGUAUAGUUAGGAGGAGAAGUAUCGAAGUGAGGAGAAGAGACGGAAGCACCUAGGGGCAAAGCCCCAUUUUGCAGUGGAGAGUAGGUUGAAAAGAGCUGCUUCCUUCUGUUGUAUGUCAGAUGCACCCAUGUGUGGUGUAUAUUGUUGCAAGAACACCUGGAAUAAUCGAUCAGAGGUGAAAAGCCUCCUCAUGACCCAUCACGCGGUGAAACAAAGAGCACUAAUGCUCUUUUGUCGCGCAGAUGCCAUUGUCGUGUGGAUGGAAUGCUGUUGUUUGCUCGGCUGCACUAGUUUAGCUGACUGGGCAGUGUUUCUAUCACUGUGCUACCACAGGUAUCUUUC